UAUGAAAAUAAGGUUACAUAAUAAUGGAUGCAAUAGAAACGGAAUAAAACUCAAUAUGAGUAGAGUUGCUAUGUAAUCCUGAGGGUUUAAGUGAGCUGAGCACAGCAGGGACCUUUGGGCAUUGAGUUUGAAAGUGCUCCGAGCUGCAGGUGGGGUAUUUGUGUUUGCCUUUUUAAACACAUUAACCUGGGUGGAAAGGUUUACAAUGACGGGCGCUAUGACCCAAAGCAGGUCUCGGAGACGAGGCGCUGCCCGGCUGAGCUCGUGUCCAGAGGAGGCGCGCAGUCCCGCCUCUGUCCGCCAGGUGGCAGCGGAGGGAGGCGCGCGGAAUCUCGGCUGUCCCCCCCCCACUCCCGAGCCAAGCGCGCGCACAGGCCCGCGAUAAACCCGCAGGUCCAACCGACCCCCCGCGCCCCGCUGCUCACGCACGCACUGGCACGGCGGGGGGGUCCUCGCGGAGAUGUGUGUGUGCACGCAUGCACGCACGCACUCCGGACCCGCGGGGAUGAUCAGACCGUGUCCUGGCCAUCUGUGCGCUCUGCGGGACACGCGUGGGGCGGGGGGCCCGGGAGGAGCCUUCUGUCCCGUCCUGUCUCAUACCGCACUGCCCCUGUUUUCAUUCCCCUGGCCGGCAGUCCUGUGCUGAAGCUGCAUGGACAGUCCUCUGUCCGCCCUGCCUUGUCGAGACGACUCUGUCGGCACGAACUCGUGAUUAAUCCACAGAACAAUCAGUAUGAGUUUCCACGUGUGACGCGCGUGACUUGGGCACGCUCACAUCCCCGCGGCGAUGUCGUGCUGGUGUGUGAGCGGUCACGGAGCACCGUGCAGGACAGAGCCCCGGCGGCCAAUAACUAAGCACGACCUGGGAGGCUCCCGUGUGAACGGGCCACCAGGAGCCAGGCGGCGAGAGAGAAAGUGAAAGCAAGCGGGGGCUGACGGGGGGUGUGCGUGCGAGCGCGGCGCGGCGCGCGGCUCCGGCACAAUAUUGGCUUUUGUCCGCCGCUCGGCGUGGAGGGGAGGCGCCCCCGCCGCCGGGAAAUGGUACCGCCCGCCCAUUGACCGUUAUUGGCACGAGCGACUCCUUUCAAAUCCCCCCCCCACCUUACCGGGAUACGUCACUCUCGCCAACCAGCGGCGACUCAGCCCCGGCAGAGAAAGCCCCCCCCGUUCCCAGGGGGAUCAACCGAGAAAACCGCCUUCUCUUUGUGGGCAGGAGGCUGACUUUCCCCUCCCCUCCUCUCUCGGUCUCACCCCCCCCCCCGCCCUCCUCUCUUGGUAGCGGCCGGGUCGAACUGGGGUUUUUUUCUCCUGACGCCGGUUCAAGAUGGCGGCGGCGCUCCUGGAGGGACGGAGUCGCUCGAACUGAUAAAGAGGAGAAAAAAAAGAAAGAGAGAGAGAGAUCGAGGGGAGAGGAAAAAAAUUUGAAAAAAAAAUUGUCCGCCUUCCUCCCUCCUCCUCCUCCCCUUUCCCGCCUACUCGGAGUUUCUUCCUCUCUUUCCCGCUGCCGAUAUUUCUGUGAAAAUGUUCGGUUUCUAACGCCGGAGGAGAGCGGAGGUGAUGGGAGAGAGGCUGGAACUGAAGCUGAAGUCGCCGGUGGGAGCCGAGGCGGCGGGCUACCCGUGGCCGUUACCCAUAUACGAUAAACACCAUGAUGCUGCUCAUGAAAUUAUUGAAACAAUUCGGUGGGUGUGUGAGGAGAUUCCAGACCUGAAGCUGGCCAUGGAGAACUAUGUACUGAUUGACUAUGACACCAAAAGUUUUGAGAGCAUGCAGAGGCUGUGUGACAAGUACAACAGGGCGAUCGACAGCAUCCAUCAGCUGUGGAAGGGCACCACCCAGCCCAUGAAGUUGAACACUCGCCCCUCCAACGGCCUGCUGAGGCACAUCCUGCAGCAGGUGUACAACCACUCCGUCACCGACCCCGAGAAGCUCAACAACUACGAGCCCUUUUCGCCCGAGGUGUAUGGGGAGACCUCCUUCGACCUGGUGGCGCAGAUCAUCGACGAGAUGGAGAUGAUGGAGGAAGACACCUUUGUGGACCUCGGCAGUGGUGUGGGACAGGUGGUGCUGCAGGUUGCCGCGGCGACGAACUGCAAACACUUCUAUGGUGUGGAGAAGGCGGACAUCCCAGCAAGUUACGCCGAGUCGAUGGACAAGGAGUUCAAGAAGUGGAUGAGGUGGUACGGGAAGAAGCAUGGCGAGUACACGCUGGAGAGAGGGGACUUCUUGUCUGAGGAGUGGAAGGAGAGAAUAGCAAACACAAGUGUGAUAUUUGUGAAUAACUUUGCCUUUGGUCCCGAGGUGGAUCACCAGCUGAAGGAACGUUUUGCUAACAUGAAGGAAGGUGGCAAAAUCGUAUCCUCAAAACCUUUUGCACCUCUAAACUUCCGAAUAAACAGCCGAAACUUGAGUGAUAUUGGCACAAUAAUGAGAGUGGUAGAGCUGUCGCCACUGAGAGGCUCUGUGUCCUGGACUGGGAAGCCAGUUUCUUACUACCUGCAUACGAUAGACCGCACCAUACUUGAAAACUAUUUUUCUAGUCUCAAAAAUCCUAAACUCAGGGAGGAACAGGAGGCAGCUCGACGACGUCAGCAGAAAGAGUCCAAGGACAGCAAGAGCAACACCACCACCCCGACCAAGGCACAAGAACAUAAGGACUCCGGCGGGGAGGACGAGAAGCAGGGGGUUGUGCCGCUGGCGAAGGCGUCCCCGUCGCGCCCGCGCCGCGCCCGGCUCAUGGGGAAGGGCCGCAAGCUGGGCGGCAGGAAGCGCGGGCGCCCGAAGAAGACGCUCGCCGCCGCCGAGCGCAAGAGCAAGAAGACCCAGAGCGCCCUGGAGCUGCUGCACGCCAAGACCGUCUCCCACUCCACAGCGCCCCCUCAGGAUGCAUACAAGUCACCUCAAAGCCCCUUCUAUCAGCUACCUCCCAAAGUGCAGCACUAUGCGUCUGGGCAGCUACUCCUGGGCCCCACUCCCCCUGCCCUGCAGCAGCUACUGGAUAGCAUCAAGGUGCAGUAUCUACAGUUUAUGGCCUACAUGAAGACACCCCAGUACCGCACUAAUCUCCAGCAAGUCCUGGAACAGGAGAAGCUCAGGCACAGUGAGCUGUCUGGCCGUGCAGAGCAGCUGUACAGCCUGUGUCAGUCUCAAAAGGACAAGAUCAAAGGGCUGUUCCACAGCAAACUGGAGGAGCUGGGAGUGAAGGCCCUGACCCUGGACGACCUGGUCCAGGCUCAGAAGGAGAUCUCUGCUCACAACCGGCAGCUGAAGGAGCAGACCAAGCAGCUGGAGAGAGAUACGGCCGAGCUGAGGGACCACAGCCUGCUGCUGCUGAAGUCUCGCUGUGAGGAGCUGAAACUUGACUGGGGCUCCCUGUGCCUGGAGAGCCUCCUGAAGGAGAAGCAGAGCCUGCGCAGCCAGAUCUCGGAGAAGCAGCGGCACUGCCUGGAGCUGCAGAUCAGCAUUGUGGAGCUGGAGAAGAGCCAGAGACAGCAGGAGUUGCUGCAGCUCAAAUCUUACAAUCCCUGCGAUGACGCCCCAUACCGCUCAAAGGGUCCCCCCAGCCUAGAUCCCAGGCCUCCCCUCGAUCCCGAGGUGCCCAAGUUGGCCCUGGGGGUCCCUGGGGUGGUCAAUGGCCUGAGUCCCGAGCUGUCUAUCAACGGGACCUCCUCGCCCUGCUUUGAAAGGGGGGGAGGGAAGGCUGAGCUGAUGUCCCGCUACCUUCCCUCACCUCCUGACCAAGACAUUGUGCCCCCGACUCCUGAUGCCCGCCAAAGGCAGGGCUACUCGCUGCCCGACUACACCCGGUUCUCGCCCGCCAAGAUCGCCCUGCGGAGACACCUCAACCAGGACCCCAUCUUAGGCCCCACCCGCGGCCCUGGCGCUAUGCUGUACAGAGGGGACAAUGGAAAGGAGGGGAUUGUCUCACCUCCCACCCUCGGGGCCAAACAGGGCCAGAUUUGCCCCUCUCCAGUUUUACUAGAAACGCAACACAACUCGAUGCCCAAAACUGCUGACAAGGUGGCUAAGGAGAAGAGCCCUUCGGUCCCAGGAGACACCAUCACCAGCCUGCCCAUCAGUAUCCCCCUCAGCACAGUGCACCCCAGCAAGCUCCCCGUUAGCAUCCCCCUCGCCAGUGUGGUGCUGCCCAGCCGUGCCGAGAGACUGCGGAGCACCCCCAGUCCGGUGUCUCAUGCCUUGCAGGACAAAGCAGGUCAGAAUGGGAGCAAGGCAGUCCCCACGCCUACCUCAGGGUUCUCCUCUGGCUCGCUCAUGACGAAUGGCAGCUCACACUCUCUGGAUCAGGACUCUGGGGACUCGCCCUCCCCCCCGUACAGCGCCCCCCUCCUGGGCACACAGGGCCGCGGCUCGGGGCACAGCCCCCCCCUCGGCACAGGAGGGGUACUGCAGUAUGCGGACGGGCCUCCCAGAAUCACCCCGGAGCUGGGGUCGGGGGGGAGGCAGGCGGGAUCGGACUCCGAAGCGCCGGAAGGCGAACCGAAGCGCCGCAUCUUCUUCUCCUCCUCUUCCUCCUCCUCGUCGUCCUCCUCGUCCUCCUCUUCCUCGGGGGGCUCAGGAUCCAGGCUGCAUGCCAGCUCCUCCAAACAAAACCAGCAUCACCACAGCGGUCACCACCACCACCACCACCACAACCACCACCACUCCUCCGGCUGCCAUGCCCAGGACAGCCGCAAGCGGGGGAGGAGGAAGCGGAACUCCACCGCGGCCCUCUGCGCGGGGGGAUCCCCGAAAAGGAGGUCCUUCCCAGGGCUGGGCAGCCACUCCUCAGGGUCCCCCCUCAACAUCAACUCCAUGGUGAACAACAUUAACCAGCCCCUCGAGAUCGCGGCCAUCUCGUCCCCGGAGCAGUCGACCCGGAGCCCCCCGGGGCCCGACCUGGACCAGCCGCCGGUGCUGAAGAGGGAGCGUCCCCUGGAGGUGAACGGGUCGGGCCGCUACUCCUCUGCCCCCAGCUCCGAGGACGACGAGAGGGGCUACCCCGAGGACAGCACCAGCGCUCGGAUCGAGAGGAAGAUUGCAACCAUCUCCCUGGAGAGCAAAGACAGCCUGCUGAAGCUGGGAGAGAGUGACAAAGGCGGAGGUCCAGCAGGGAGGAAGGCCCUGGGCAAUGGCUUGAACAGCAUUGGUUGCAGUGAUGUCUCUUCGUCUUCCUCGUCUUCGUCAUCCUCCUCCUCCUCCUCCUCCUCCAGCAAGUGGAAGUCGACGUUCUCUCCGAUCUCGGACCCCAAGCCCACCCUCCCCGACCUGCGGCAGGGCGGCUCCCCGUUUGGGGGGGGGGCCCGAGGGGGCGGCGGCGGGGCGCCGGGGGGCUGCGACUCGGACUCGGAUCACAAACAGCGGAGAGGAGGCGGAGAGGCGGGGCUGGGGAUAGGCCCGGGCGGCGGAGGCCGUGACUCUCCGUGCGGGCCCCACCAGGCCGCAGCGGCCUUCCUGAGUCACAACCCCUUCCUCAGCCAGGCGCCCGAACCGGGCCUGCGCGCCGGCGGGCCGGCCGACAAGCAGCCGCCGCAGGGCUCCAAAGCCAAGGCCCGGGAGUGGGAGCUCAAAGUCAGCAGCAGCAGCUCGGGGGUCAGCCUGGGCAGCCCCAACCUCUUCAUCUCGGCGGCAGCGACCGGAGGGAUCUUAAGCGGGAAGCCGGGGAGCCCCGUCGUGGUGUCCUCGGCCUCUGGGGGCUAUCUGGGAUCUCUGGGGGGCUCCUCGGUCUUGCAGUCGCUGUUUGGGAACCAGCCGCCUACUGUGCCCACCACAGGAGCCCCUCGGCUGGUGAAUGGACAUGCGGCGCUUGGGUCUUUCUCCAGUACUGGGCUUGCAGGGGGUGCUGCAGGAGGUAACUAAAGAAUUCUACCUCAACCCAGUGUAACCUAUGCAAUGGAACAGAGUGGACCAAGGGUCUGUCUUCACACUGACUGGUGCUCACGCGUCUGCAGGGGGGGACCCCUGCUCUCGGCAUGGGUAUAAAACUACAGAGCUCAACACGUGCAGCUGCACAUACAAGACACGCACACGCACACGCGCGCGCUCAGCACUGUCCUCUGGUCGGGACGUGGCGGUGGACCAGCCCCGUGUGGGUGCGUCAGAAAGUGGGUGGGGCGUUAGGGCCCGUGAGUUUACAAAGUCCAUCCCAGGUUUUGCAGCAAAUCCUGUAGCUCAGUGGAGUGGGACAGCAGCGAUGUAGGUACCCAGCAGCAGGGAGGCCUUUUGUCUCCAGAACUGAAGGACGGCUCCAAACGUGCUGUUUUUCAGUCUGCCCCUACAUUAAAAUGAGUUCGGAAUUUACUGUUGAUACCUUUUCCGUGCGAGGGGGAGUUAUCGCAACACUGCAGUACUUUUCCCUGACUAGAAAUUGAUUUUAAUCAUUCGUAAUUAUUUUUUCCAGCGUUUUAAAUUUGCCGGUCACUCGUGGUAGUUGAUUCCCCCCUCCUCCCGAUGUGCCCACUGUCCCCCAUCAGAUGAGCCACUCCGAUCAGCAGUUUGCUCCCUCUGGUUGGCUGUGGAGUGAUAGUUGUUCAUUUCAUCGUGGAGAGCCUGUGCAAAUUAUGGUGGUGCAUCACCACUUAACACAGCGACUGCCAACAUUACAAGCACUGCAAGAUGACUGCAACCAUAUUUAUUGGAGAUCCUUAAAAGACUAGCGUUACCAUGGUGCCGUGAGGCAGAUAGAGAGUUGAAUAAGCGAAGUUGUGAUACUCAGUUUACGAUUUUAAAGCUGCCCUGUUGGCAGGUGUUGCCAACACACCCGGCAGCUUUAUUGAUUUCUCCUGUAGGGGGCAGUGCCUUGAUUCCUGCUCGUCCUUUACAGCAUUUUAUUUACCUGAUUUUAUGGGUGGGGUUCAGUCUGAAUUUGAUCAGUUCUGCAAUGUAAUUCCAAUAUGUGCUGUAAUUACUCAGAGGGGAGCCGCACAGUGACUCAGUGGUUAGUGAUGCUGCCUCAUAGCACUGGAGCCCUGGGGGUUUAGUUCCAGACCUGGGGGUGCUGUUUGUCCAAAGAAUUAGCCAUGGUGUGGGCAUGAUUGUGUGUGUGUGUGCCCUGUGAUGGCGUGAUGUCCUGUCCAGGGUGUAUCCCACCUUGCGCCUGUUGCUUGCCGGGAUGGGCUCCGGCUCCAGCUCCCCCGUGGCUCUGGAUUGGGAGAAGCCGUUAGGAAAUGAACGGAAUUACUCCGGGGGGGUGUGCCAUUCGACAGCCAUUUAAUGGAUUAGAGCUUAUUGCACAGUAAGAAAACCACCCACUUCUGCUUACUUAACUUAAUUUCCCUUUUUUUAUUUUGUUGCUUUUAUCAUUAAUAUGUAAAAUAUGUAAAUUUUUGAUUUAGUGGCCUAUUAAUGGGAACUUGCAACUGCAAGUCAUUAAAAAUCACUCUCCUCUGUGUUUCACACAGUCAGUAUAAUUGAGGCACUGGUGGUACCAAAGUGUUUCUUCGGCAUAAGACUCCCUGAACCAGUUUUCAGGAAACACAUUUCUCAUUUAUAAUGAGAAUACCAUAAUUAGAAGUUGUUUAAAUUAAUAGGAGAGUACUAGCAAAAUCCCACCUGGAAGCUGCAGUGCCCGUUUCUGCUGUUUUCCAUCGUCAGGCUCUUCUCAGCUUUGCUAUGUGAACUGAACAACUGCAUGAUAAAUUGCUCCCAAAGAAUCCACUCUUAGAGUCCAUAGAGGGAUUUUUUGUUUUGUUUUAAGCCUGCUUAUAUUUAAUUUCUUUAAGCAGUGUAGCGUUGAGCAGUUGUGACUCAUGGAAUGGGGCUAAUGCUGCUUUAAAGAGAAUUUUUUAAACAUCUGUCUCCUCAACCACACUUUAGACUGAUUCACUUAACACAAGAGCGAACCUGUGGAAUAAAUUCCCAAAGUGAGAUUGGCAGCGUUUCUUUAUGCUACUCGAUUCAUGUUUGUUUUCACUAUCGAUAUCUGGUGAUGGGGAGGAGGAAUAUUGAAAUUGCUCAACUGCAUGAGAUUUUCUGUGCAUCAGCACUGCAUAUCAUAUGUGGAUGUGCAUCAUAUUCAUUUUUGGGUAGCAGCAUGUGCAUUUAUAUUGUCCACAUUUGCACAUCAACUCUAAAGAAUUGUCCACUAUGUAAUGAGUGCUUGGGAAGAUUUAAAUCUGACCUGUGGACACUGAGCUCUAGACUCUUCAGCCUAUAUACUGCAAAUAUCUUCUACAUCAUCGGUUUGGCUAUUUUUUCCACAUAAUUAAUGAAUGACAAGCCGUGCAUACUUCAGAUGAAGGAGAUAACACCAGAAGCACCUUGCAGUUAAAGGACUUCUGUCACAGGUUGUCCCAUGCAAAUUUUAUUUCGGAGGGAGAAAACUGUUUGAAGUGCUGAAUAAUGGACAGCCCCAUUAAAAAGGAAUUAGCCUUGCUCCAUGAGCUGUCACCUGCACAUAGCCUUUCUGAAACUCACUGAAUAUAACUUAAUAUAGUGCACUGGGGAAAAUUUGUGAAUAGUGUAAGUUUAUAACCUUACCAACCAAAUAAAGAUUUUUAAUUGAUAGGUUUUUUCAAGUUCAUUGUUUUUAAACUGGUGGCUGUAUAUUAAGUAGGAGUCUCGGUGGUUUGUCUGCAGAGCUUAGAAAUGUUUGUGAAUCUCUUAGGUUUGUGUUCUUUAGACCUAAAACCUAAUUAAAUCUUUGUUAAAAGUCUUAAAAGAUGUAGAUAGCCUGAUUUAACAUAUAACACAAAGACAUAAGUUCUACUGAUGCAAAUGGCAGUGCUUGAAUCUUAAGGGUUCACAUACACUGACGCAAGAGUAUUUACUGUUGGGUCAUUUUGUAAUUAAAUAAUCCAAAUAUAUUGUAUCUUUAUUAAAUGUUAGGUUAUCUUCAUCCUUUAGUAAGACUUUCGUGAAGACCUAAUUGUGUUGUUUUAAGUCUAAUGUACAAGAAUAUGCACCCAGCUGAGAAUUUGGAAGACCGAGGGGAUGGAAGAGGUGGGUGUGUAAUUCUGCAAUCAGGAAUUCUUAGUGAAAGACUGUCCCCUGCUGGUCACUGGGUGUUUCACAUGCGUGCUUCAGCUCAAAUGAAGUGAAAAACCUAGCUGUUCAGUUACUAAUAAAGAUUCACGAAGACUGACUGAACAGACUCUUAUGUGUCACAUGCAUCUUAACCAAUGAUAUGCCAAGGUGCACCUUUAAUAAUUAUUUAAGAAAUGGGGCCUUUAGGGUCUUAGUGCCAGAUUGUCUAGUUUAUUUGUUCCCUGAGGGAGUUUUGUCUGCAUCUUCCACUGAGAGCAACACUGCUGUGGAGAUAGCGCGCAGAGGGAAAAGCUCUGUAGAGCAGAGGGGCUGGAGAGGAAAGUGUCCAAAGCUGCUGUUUAAGCUGCGUCGAGUCUCUGUCCCUUCCUAUCUCUUCAGCUAGUUAGUGCUCCCCCACCCACUCUGUAAACACUGAAGUCUCGCGCGCACACGCAAGGGGCUGGUCUCUGCGUCUGCAGACACAAAUGCACAACGACAGAGACCUGCCUCCUCUUUCCAAACUCUCUCAUCCACUUGCAUUGCUUUAGAAGGAGAAGACCUACUGGCUCUGCGUGCUGGCGGCAGAGAAAUGCGUUGAAUUUCUCCGAGAGGAAAAAAAAGACAUUGGAAAGAGAUGGGACAAAACGGAAGUCAAUGUGAAGGACUCGAGAGAUGUGGGCUUGGGCAAGCUGCUCUUCCCAUUUUGUCUACGAAAGGGCUUUGUUGCAAUGGGCUCCUUAAUUAUUUACUUGCCAGAUGCCUCUAAAUAAUUAAGUGGGUUUCUGUUACAAAGCCUGCUGUGGCGUUAAUGGGAUGGAAGUGGUCAUGGAGCAGCUCGGAGUUCCCCCAGUCCUUACCAAGGUGUUUUAGUUGGUUCCUAACGAAAACCCCGUCUCUGCCUGAGCAACAGUGCAGUCAGCUGUCGGCAGGAGGCCGAGAGGCCCCGUCUUCGUACUGGGUGUUUAAAUAGCAGGCACCCCGGCAUCUCUCCUGGACAGGAGUUAACAGUCUCUGUCUCUCCAGCGUAGGGAUGCAAGGAGUUGCAGUGCAGUAAAGGUUUGAGAUGAGUUUUGUUACAGAAACGUCCACUUCCAAAGAACACUGAAGGAGAUGCACUCCAGGUGUACUUCCCACACUGCCCUGAAUUGCAGCAGUGUUACAGAGGAUUUUGUAGUCGGAGUCCAGCCACCUUGUUGGCCAUGAAUGGGGGGUUUAAGAGUGACCAUUCCCCUUAUGGCCCAGUGGCUAUUCUUGAUGUUAUCUCACCUUUCAGCUAUUGCUGAGGUGUCACGUACUGCAGCAGGUGUCCGUUUAAAAUUCCCUCAAGCCGGAUCAGGAGCAGUGUCCCCAGGUCAGAGUCAGAUUUCUACACCAGCCAGUGCCUGAUGGCUUGUUAAGCAGUUUUGUUUUUUAAACAAACAGAAUUCCAACCCAUCUAGAUGCUCCUUCAUUUCUCCUAACAAAAGGCGGGUAGACAGUUAACAAUACCCAGCAUCCUGGGCGAGUGGACAGGAGAGUUGCUAGGCCUGUCAGCCGUGCUCUCCUGUCUCGUGCUGGCUGCACUUUGUUCUUGUAAAUACACUCUCGCACUCGCGCACAGCUGCACACCAGGCACGGCUGACUGCAGGAGGUGUGCCCUGGUCCAGACAUGCGCCGUGUGUGUGACCGAUAGUGGCACUGGAUCCCAGCCCACUGGCAGGGGUGGUUUCUGGCCGGAAAGCUUUGGAGACAAUUUACCACUUUUGCUUUGAUGUCGAUUAUGGUUGUAACUUAAAUGCAUUGCUUUCUGUUUAGUAUGGCUAUUACUGCUCAUAGUUCUGAUAGGCGGUGUUGUAUUUGUGUUAGUAGUUUCAUUUAGCUAAACAUCAAUCUUCUUAAACACUGAAUGAGCUGUUAAUCUAACCUGAAGUGUUGGGGGACAGUGUGUUGAAUCUAUUUUUCCAGUACUGCUGGGGUGUAGUGGCAUGUUUCCAUUUGCUGGACUGGUUCUCUAAAUCCUCCCAAAUUGACCUGGUGGUUUUUAAUCCACAAAAGCAAUAAAAUCUGAAAGAGGAAUGUGCAUGAAUACGGUUCUGAAAACAUAAGGUUCAGAACUUUUAUUAAGAGAAUGUAGAGCAUUUUCACUUGAACAAUUUUAAAUCUCCUUGCAUCGUUGGAUGUAAUUAGCAUUUUUUUUUGCAAAGACUCGAGUUUAAAGACUGAUUGCACAAGCCCAGUUGGAUGUUUCUUCAGUAUGACCUUGAAUCCCACACAAGAGAUAAUAGAUCUUGACUCCUGUUGUAAACUGGUUAAUCCGGAACCAGUCAGAAAGGAUCUGUAUCCCAAGUGGGAACAUGCCUGACCAAGGCUGCCUAGUUUGGCCAGGAUCCAAAGGACAGUAGGGUCUUGAUUGAGACUGUGUGGGUGGGUUGGGGUUUGAAGGCUGUUUGGUCAAUAAUUCAAUCAAGAACUCUGAAUGAAAUCCAGACUCUCCCAGGGGAAGAGGCUAUCUCGCGCUCCACCCUACACACGGCCUGUUCAGGAGUUUAUCUGGCGGUUCUUUCAGGGGAUGUCUUUUUCGCGGGUGUCUGUUGGGAUCCCCUUCAGAAAGCAGCUGUAUUUGUCUUUUGUGACAAACGUGGAUGUUUUCCUUCGUAAAAAGAAGGCCUGAACAGGUCGCGUGUCAAGGGGUGCUGCACCCCUCGAUCACUGCAGUCAGCCCUGCCUGCACGCACACACACUCGCAGUCCUGCCUGGGCGGACACACUCACUGAAAGAAACUACUGGGGAACUUACACCUUUUUCUUAUGUUUGAUCCUUUUUAGAAGAUUUUGUAGAGAAAAAAAGCAUUGUACUGUGAAUGGAGCUUUCCUCCUUAGACUGUAUAAUUGUGAAUAAUUUAGAUGUUCUAUUUAUCGUGUAUUUUUUGUUAUUAAUGUUGUUGGGGGGGCGGGGGGGGUUCAUUAUUUAAUUCCAGAGAAAUCGUAGUCUAACAGUGUACAGGGGCUCUGUGUGAACAUGUUGAGACAGACCCUGAAAUCAAACACAUGGUGCUACUCUCUAACUCCAGACUUGUGCCUAAUGUUAUUUAUACCAUCCUGAAGAUCAACAACAAACAAAUCAAUCGAUUCUUGGUGCUUUUUUGUACACGGGGACUAUGCCCAGAUGUGGCAAUAUUCUUUUCAGCAUUAAUGUUUUAUUUUAAAUACGGCCUUUUGUGUUGUUGUGUAUUAUUUAAUUUUAUUAAGGCCUGGUGUACAAAAUAAGAGACACUGCACGCUUCGAUAUAGCCAUUCUAAACGUUGGCACAGGAUUGAGGAAACGCAAGAAGUUUUCACUGUGUGUGUGUAUAUAUAUGUAUAUAAAAACACCUUGAGUUUUUUUUUUUUUUAAGGAAAAUGCAUCAAGUUUUUGUUCCAAGCAAUUACGAUGUCAAAAGAUUGCAAAGGGUUUUUCAUCUGGAAGACCGAGGAUGUGAAAAGAACUCUAAAGUGCAAAGCCAGAGAUCUGUGUCCUCUUGAAAAAGGGGUGGUGCAUUUUCUCUUAACUGGUGCUGAACCUAGAGGCAGACAAGAACAGUCGCCUUUUUUUCUAGCAAACCCCCAACGUUACGCCUGGUUCUUUUGAAGUUUCUGGCGAUCUUGUUUAAUAUCGCCCCCUGCUGGCUGGCAGGGGGAGUUGUACGUAGCGUUGGGUAGCUGGGCCUAGGUAUUGCUGUAGUUAGUUGUUCACCUGCUUCCUGGACCCCUGUUUAAUUGAUAGCAUGCCUCUCAAUGAUCUGUCUGUUUCAGUAGCAUCUGUAGGUUGUCUGUAGUGGUGUUAAAGCACAUAUAGGAACCUAUGUGAUCUAGUGCAGCAAUAAGAGAUCAAUCUGAGCUACUUUCUCUAGAUUUGGGAUUUUAAGUAAGUUGCAGUUAGAACACUUUUUUUUUUGUUGGAGCUUAAUUUUUAUAAAACGUCUGGCUCUCACGGUCUUCUCUGCUAUUGUGAAAAAUGGUGCUGUAUCACAAAAAGGAAGAAUCAGAGAAGGUCCAGCCCGUACCAGACCUCAGCUAAGAAUCUCAGCUGAGUGCCUGGCCAAAGGCUUAGAACUCUUCCCCAUCUGCGCCCUGCCUCAGGUGCACGGAGGGUUGUGUUUAACGCCCAUCGUGAUAAACGCGUCCGUCUUUUGCGAUAAGCAUUGUGAUAGGAUUGUGUUGAAACAGGAGAGCCGACGGAGCCUGCCGUCCAGUCUGGGAAGUGAAAGUGUUCGACACAGUUGGCAGGUCAGGGGAACAUCAGCUACCGGCUGAUGAAGACGGCCUGCAGGGGCUCAGCGUGUGUGCUCUGCAGAUGUAUUUGGGAGUGAGCAGGAAGGACAGUUGGAUCUGGAGAACUGGGGCUGCCAUUCUCCUGGACAAGCAGGAAGUUUCAGGACUCAAAGUGAGACAUCCUGGGUGAUCACCAAGUUCAACAGCACACAUAUAUUUGCGAUAAGGAAGCUAGAAAUAGAUUUGUUUGUUUGAGUUGUCAGCUUUGGCAUUUAAUACUCUUGGGCUGUUCCUUUAUAUGCGAUGUGGGAGGGAUAUGAAGUGUUUAACAUUUUUACUUGCUAGGUGAUUAACAUAGUUACUUUAAAACCUUUUUUUUUUUAAUAAGCUGAAGUGUGUGUGAUAUUGUGGUUUUCAUUUCCUCUUCAAGGAGCAAUAAGACUUGCCCGAGCUGUACAGGUGGUUAAUGCUGUUUCAGGAGACGGACAGGUCAGCGGUGAGAAUGUGUGAACUGUUUCCUUACCAGCUCUGAAGUGAGGACUAGGGCUUGAGACCGACCAUGGCGUGACGAGCCGAUCCUUUUUCAUUUUGACCAGCACUGAAAGAUCUUUUUAAUUGUGAUUGCAAUUAUGGUUUUAUUGUUGGUGUUAUUAUUGCAGUUGUUUGUACUUGGUAUUGUUUUUAAUGAUGAUCUCAAAAUCCAGGUGAAAUUCAAUAUCCUUAAAUAGUAAGGUGCUCUCCUACACUUUAAAUAAGGAAAGAUGCAGCUAUGAAUUAUUACAAAUUCACUCUCCUUACACGUCAGGGAGAGGGAGGCUUUUAAUAAACUUUAAUACAGAACUUUUCCUUUUUUAUUCUAUUUUUACUGUUUAAAAUUAAUCGCUUGUGCAUCUGCAUGGAAGGAGGGAGGGGUGACUUACGUGCUGCUGGGCGGGAGGAGUUGUGUUGCUGCGGUCUGCAGCAAAUUCAGAUAUUUCCCACCUCUGUCUUUCUCGGAGCCCUUGUGGAGUGUUCACUGUACCUGGCCUUGCUGUUAGUGAAUGAGACUGCGCUGUGGUUAAAACAGUGUUUCCCUCCUUGUCAUCUAGUUCUGUAGCUAAAGCCAGCGAUGGUAAACCGAAAAGCACCUACUCUUCCCUGCAUGUAGCCUUUUAGUAUCUAAUUUUUUUCUUACUGAAGUGUUCAAUUUUCUAAGGUUGUUGAAAUGAGUUAUUUAUGGUGUGAUUGUGUUUGUGUUUGAUUGUAAGCAUCAUUCUGUGCAUAUACAUGAGUAAAAUAGUGUUUUGGAUGAAUA